CAGCCAAAGGGAAUGCACGUCAACCGUCAACGGGAAGUCGGUGUCGUCCCAUGCACGCCGUCUUCGAGCCAAGAAUUGGUGGCGGCAGCGCCAUCAUCCGAGGACGAGUUCCCGCUCGAGUUUCCAUUCGGGUACAUAUUUGCCCCCACCGACCAGGAGCUCAUUCUCCAUUACUUGAAGCCCAAAGUCAUGGGCGAUCCAAUUCCGCUCAGUGACUUGUUCGCCGACGUCGAUCUCUACAAGUUCGACCCCAGAAAGCUCAUCGAGAACCGCGAGGGAGUGGGAAAAGAUGGAGACGAGUGGUACUUCUUCACUCCGAGGGACAGGAAGUAUCCAAACGGGUCGCGGCCGAAUCGUUGCACGCCCAGCGGGGUUUGGAAGGCGACUGGGAAGGAUAGCAUCGUCCUGAUGGAGAAUAGAACGAUCGGAUAUAAGAGGUUGUUGGCCUUCUCUCCUUCCUUUCGGGGAACCUCGCAAAGACGAAGCGACGGGACGGCCUUGAAUAUGCAUGAGUAUAGAUUGGAGGAGGACGAGAAGAGGAUCCACACCAGUAGAGACGAGAAGGGAGUGAAGGACAAGAGGUUAGAUGAGUGGGUUCUGUGUAAGGUUUACACGCCCAAGCAUGCAAAGCAUUCGAAGAACGGCCAGAAAUCUGAUCAUCCAACAAAGAAGAGGAACAAACAGAACCAUGAUCAGCCAAACGGCAACAAAGACAAUGCCCCGACGACCGCUGGCAAAAAUCAAGGCCAGAAAAAGGCUAUUAUUGUUAACGAUGGUUACUUGCAAGAGCUUCAAUCCACGCCAAAUCACGAGCUCAACAUGAGCCAACAAGUCGACGUGGUCGACAAUUAUCAACUGCCUCAGAGUUCUCAGAUAAGUGCUCUCGGCGGUCUGGAGAACGACCGACCGGCCUACAAUGUUCUGUCACAUCGCAACCAUAUGCACCCUAACGUAAUGGCACAUCGUCCAAGUGGGAUGAGGAUCAACAUGCAUCUACAAGUUCAAAGUGUGGUCACGCAGCCUGCGAACCUCGAGCCACCUACUUGGCAGCCGACCGGCAAUUAUCCUCCUGAAUCGCAUCCAAGCAGGAGCUCUUGCCUUCCAGCGCAUUCCACUCGCCAAAAUCCUCGUCAAGUAGUGGUGUACAGCUUCAACGAUUUAAUCAGUACCAACCCAUAUCAUUCGUUACCGCACAAUAGGUGAUUGGUAUGCAAGCGAGCUCUUAUGGCAUACAUUGACUCUAGCUAUCAUUAGCAGUUGGGAUUGGAGGUUUUACUAGGGUUAGGAUCGUUAAUUCACUCAUGUGAAAUUGAUACUUCUCUGUUGUU